CAUGAGAGGAUUUGUGAAUCUCUGAGGCACAUGUGAGAGAAAUGUUGUGCCCCUGAGGUGCGUGUCAGAGGAAUGGCAAAUCUCUGAGAUGUGUCCAAGAACUGUGAGUCUCAGUGUGUGUGGAAGGAGUUUGUCCCUGAGGCAAGGGGGGGGUGCUGUGCUUCUCUGAACCUCAAUUGCAUGCCUGGGUGUCCUGAGUAGAAGGCACCUGCUCCACUUGGUUGGCUCCAGUACCACGGCUCUUUCCUCCAGGUGCCCAAAGCCCACUGCUUACUUACCCUUGGUGGGGAGACAGCAAUAACCCCUGCUUUCAUCCCAGGCUUACAGAUGGCAGAGCAGCUUGCAGAAUGGCCCCAGAGAGGGGCCGUGGGGAUCUAGCUACUAUCUUGGCCACUCCCUGGCACUCUAGGGCCUCCUUCUGGGCUCGCCCACACCAUGGAGCCCCCAGAGUACAACUGCUUUGUGGACCGGGAGAAAAUGGAGGCGGCUGUGCAGGACUUGGGUCCCCGGGAGCUGAGCUGCAUGGAGCUGCAGGAGCUGAAGCAGCUGGCACGCCAAGGCUAUUGGGCCCACAGCCACGGCCUGCGGCUCCGUGUAUAUCAGCGCCUCAUCCAGGACAUUCCCUGCCGUACCGUCACGCCUGAUGCCAGUGUCUACAGCGACAUUGUGAGCAAGAUCGUGGGCCAGCAUGCCACCGGCAGCCUGCCCUUGCCCGAGUUCGUGGACAACACCCAGGUGCCCAGCUACUGCCUGAAUGCACAGGGUGAGGCUGCGGUGCGCAGGAUCCUGAUGUGCAUUGCUGAUCAGUUCCCUGACAUCUCCUUCUGCCCCACACUGCCUGCUGUGGUGGCCCUGCUGCUGCACUACAGUGCUGAUGAGGCCCGGUGCUUCGAGCUGGUCUGUCGUAUCCUGGCCUGCAACGACCCAGGCCGCCGGCUCAUUGACCAAAGCUUCCUGGCCUUUGAGUCGUCCUGCAUGACAUUCGGGGACCUGGUGAACAAGUACUGCCAGGCAGCACAUAAGCUGAUGGUAGCCGUGGCUGAUGACGUCCUGCAGGUUUAUGCCGACUGGCAGCGCUGGCUCUUCGGGGAGCUGCCUCUCGCCUACUUCGCCCGCGUCUUCGAUGUCUUCCUGGUGGAGGGCUACAAGGUCCUGUACCGCGUGGCCCUCGCCCUCCUCAAGUUUUUCCACAAAGUGCAGGCAGGCCAGCCCCUAGAGUCGGACAACUUGAGGCAGGACAUCCGUUGCUUUGUCAGGGACAUCGGCAGGACCGUGUCCCCUGAGAAGCUGCUGGAGAAGGCCUUUGCCAUCCGCCUCUUUUCACGCAAGGAGAUCCAGCUCCUGCAGAUGGCCAAUGAGAAGGCACUCAAGCAGAGGGGCAUCACUGUGAAGCAGAAGAGGCAGUUCGUGCACUUGGCCGUCCAAGCGGACAACUUUCACUCCGAGAUUGUCAGUGUGAAGGAGAUGAGGGACAUCUGGUCGUGGGUCCCCGAGCGCUUUGCCCUCUGCCAACCCCUGUUGCUCUUCUCCUCUUUGCAGCAUGGCUACAGCCUGGCCAGAUUCUACUUCCAGUGCGAAGGGCAUGAGCCCACGGUGCUGCUUGUCAAGACCACGCAGAAGGAGGUGUGCGGCGCUUACCUGUCCACAGACUGGGCUGAGCGGAACAAGUUUGGGGCCAAGCUCAGCUUCUUCGGCACGGGCGAGUGCUUUGUGUUCAGGCUACAGCCUGAGGUGCAGCGCUAUGAGUGGGUGGUCAUCAAGCACCCGGAACUGACCAGGCCUGCGGCCCUGGAGGCCCGUGCUGCCCCUUCCCCGCUGCACUCCGUGGCCUCCACUGAUCUCAGCGACCGCUUGUCGCCUUUCCUGGCUACGCGCCACUUCAACCUGCCCUCCAAGUCUGCGUCCAUGUUCAUGGCUGGGGACAGCGAGUGCCUCAUCAUUGGUGGAGGGGGCGGCCAGGCGCUCUUCAUCGAUGGGGACCUGAACCGUGGCCGCACGGGCCACUGUGACACCUUCAACAACCAGCCACUCUGCUCUGAGAACUUCUUGGUGGCCGCCGUGGAGGUCUGGGGCUUCCAGGACGCUGACACACAGUGAAUGGGGCCCCUCCUGGGGGGAAGUGAUGGAGGGACCCCCAUGUGUACAGGCAGCUGGAGCACAGAGGCAGCCUUGGGGAGUCUCUUCCAGGCUGGAGGGGCCCUGGCCCAGUGGGCUCACAAUAUCCCCUACUAGUGCCUGGUGGCGGCACUAUCCCAGCCACAGGCUCUGGGCCCCUGCUGAGCUGCUGUGCAGGUAGAGGGGACUCAGGGCUGGUGAAUUCCCCACCCCAGACCAAGAACACUCCUUUCACUUCUCUGGUCCUGUGCCCUCAUCUCAGAGGUCUUGCAGAAAGCUCCUUGCAGGGGGCUUCUCCCCUAAGUCCCCAGCCUCCACCUAGACUCAGCCUGUCACCUAUCUCUCCAAACACACCCUGGCUCACGCAACCCCUUCCUCCCUCAACGGACAUGAAUUAAUGGGAGAUGCAAUGGUCACUGCCCGGGGACCUAUCCCCAGACCCCUCUGAUCCCAGCAGAAUGGACUGGAUACCCAAUCGGCCUGUCUGGGGCUAUUUCCCCAGUUGUGAAUUGGGGUCUGUCACCCCUGCUGUCCCCAGAAGAUUGAGAGCUCCAAGAGGACACUAUGGAAUGGUGGGGUCACCCCCCCAGCCACUAUUACCACCACCCUGACCCCCACUGCCCUCACCUGUUCCCCAACUUUAGUGUCAUUAAACAGUGUCUCAUCAACCA